CCCGAGUGUCGUCGACUGCAUCCAAUACGCUCUCUGACGCUCCAUCAGCUUUCUCGUGUGUCACCGUGUCACGAGUGUGCGUGUGCCCGUCUCGUCUCCACGAGACUGUUCGUCUCUAUUCGAGGAAACGGAACAGAGAUUCGAGUGUCGUGCGUGGAUAUCGGGGAGUCCGUGUUCCGGAUCGUGCGCGCGUGAAAUCGUAGAAGCGACUUGCGCGAUCGAAACAACGAGAGGAUAACGGAAAAACGGUCAACGGCGACGUGUACGCUUUCCCGUGCGCGCGACGCUCGUGUAUGUUCCAUGUGUGUGUACGCGCGCGCAUAUGAAUGCGAGGAAACGAGACAGGCAAAAGUGUAGAAUUAAAGGGGAAGAGAGCGGAGGGCAAGGGACAGUGAGAGAAGAGGAAAAAGUGGGAAGUGCAUCGCGCGCGCGGCUCAUCGUCAUCGGCGAGAAAACUGUCCGGAAGUCACCUUUUGCUGGCGCGAAUAUCUAUUGCAAAAAAUAGACCAAUAGAAAGAGAGAGAGAGAGAGAAAAAAAGAGAAAGAGAGAAGUACUUGCGGGUGGGCGAGGUAACUCGAUAGAAGAAGGAAGAGAAGGAAAAGUAGAGAGAGGAAGAGAGAUGGAUGGAAGGUAAAAGAGAGAGGAGGAAGACAGUUGCGAGAAAGAAGAGGUGAUCCGUCAACAGUGCACGAGUUUCGCGAGACGAAGAACGAGAGAGCAAGUAGCGAUCGAAGGAAAGAGAGAGAGAGAGAGUGAGGAUUGCGUCGUAGACGAAGGAAUGUGAGAAGCGACCGAGCAGUGCCGUGUAAACACGAGUCUCGAGUAAAAACGAGGUGGCCCACCAGCGACGUUCGAUGUCAUUGCCUUUUCCGUCGCCGUCGUCGACAUCGUCGAGCGACAUCCUCGACGGACCGACAUCGUAGAGGAAGAGCUCGUGCGGGAAGAAGAGUGUGUUGUCUGGUGUGGCAUCGAUCAUCAUCGUCGUCGCCGCCGCCGCCACCACGCGUAUAUGAAUUCGCAUCACAAAUGACGGCGCACCGGAUCGUGGGCGGAUUAGCGAGGUGUUGGCUCGACUUAUCGUCGUCAUCUUGGUCAGUUUAACGGACAAAGAGUGACACGAAAUGAAUCGAAGAUUAGGAUACAGCAAUUACGAUGGCAAGAUCGCCGGGCUCUAUGACUUGGAGGAGACUCUCGGCCGCGGCCACUUUGCCGUAGUAAAGCUGGCGCGGCACGUUUUCACCGGUGAAAAGGUCGCAGUGAAGGUCAUCGAUAAGAACAAACUCGACGAAGUCUCGAGGGCGCAUCUUUUCCAGGAGGUGCGAUGCAUGAAACUGGUGCAGCAUCCCAAUGUAGUGCGGCUAUACGAGGUGAUAGAUACGCAGACCAAGCUAUACUUAAUUCUCGAGCUUGGGGAUGGCGGAGAUCUCUACGAUUACAUCAUGCGGCAUGAUAGCGGCCUCAGCGAGGAGCUGGCCAGGACUUACUUUCGGCAGAUAGUUCGGGCUAUAUCUUACUGUCAUCGCUUGCACGUAGUGCAUAGAGAUUUAAAACCCGAGAAUGUUGUGUUCUUUGAAAAGCUCGGUAUGGUGAAACUCACGGACUUUGGAUUCAGUAAUAGAUUCUGUCCUGGUCAGAAGCUCGAGACUUCAUGCGGCUCAUUAGCUUACUCCGCUCCAGAGAUACUUCUGGGUGAUAGUUACGAUGCCCCCGCAGUAGAUGUUUGGUCGUUAGGUGUAAUAUUGUACAUGUUAGUAUGCGGCCAAGCACCGUUUCAAGAGGCGAACGACAGCGAAACGUUGACAAUGAUUAUGGACUGUAAAUACUCAAUCCCAUCACAUGUGUCCGAUGGUUGCAAGCGACUGAUCGCGAAGAUGCUCGUGCGGGAACCCGAGGGCAGAGCGUCUCUCGAGGAGAUCGCGGCGGAUCCGUGGUUAGCGAUUGGUGCUGAUUCGGAUACUAUAGAGACAUUACCACUUGUGUCGCGUCAACAGGUGUCCGAUGAACAUCACAAUCACAUAAUUACCAAAAUGGUUAACGGUAAUAUCGCCACCAAGGAAGAGAUAUUGGACGCGCUUGACAAGAAUGAGUACAAUCACAUCACCGCGACGUAUUUUUUGCUGGCGGAAAGGAAGCUGCGCGCUCAUCGACAGGAACAGAUGCAGAAAACUCGACCAGAGGUUCUAGAUGUUUCUCCGAGCCGGCAGGAUGAUCUGACAACAAAUCUACGAACGGAUCAGAAUUCCCUGGGCACUGUCAAUCAAUCGCUAUUGAGCGUGCCACGAACGCCCGGUGAUGUACCGCAGAACGUGCGUACGCGCAAAUGCAGUAUCGUCCAAGAGGAGGAAGACGAAGAUGAUGUGUCCUCUUGUUCCGGCCGUGAUGAGCAUAGCAGUAAUUCGGCAUUAAAUUCGUUUAAUCGCCGUGGCUCCCGUUCCGAGGGAAAACUUUCGCAUAUCCUGCAGGAACGGUUAUCGCAGCUUCCAGAAAAACAUACUGGCACAAAACCAGUGCAGGGUCAACGGCAUCCGCAUCAGAAAGAAGAUAUUGUUAUCGCCGACAGAGGAGAAAGAUUGAAACAGAGUUCAAGAAACGAAAAGGAUAACAAAAAGUUAUCGUCGCCGGUGCAUUCGAAGACGACGGGAAAGGUUCAAACGGGUAAUGUUCUCUUGGAGAAGUUACCGCGGAUUACCACAACUUGCGAGGAAAAUCUGAAGAAUCGAUUAAGUGACGCAAAUGCUCCAACCACAGGAUGGUCUAGAAAAACCAACAAUACGGAAGUUAGGCCCAAAUCGGUAACAGACUGUUUAAACCGAACUGGUGGAUCGAUACCGGCAAACAAAUGGAGGAUGGGUGCUCAGCAUCAUCGAUUCAGCGUGCCUCUCACGGAGCCCACGAUUUCCUCGAAACCGUCCCAAGUCCCUACAAAAACAAUAGUGACGACAACUACUACAAUUCUGCUCGAAUCAUCAACCGUGUCGAUACCUCUUCAUCCGAUUAGCGACAAUCAAGUAACAUUAACGCCUAAGUACAAGACGAUGCCGUCGCCCAGCAGCGGUAAUUCGUCUACAACGCAACUCAAUGAAAUCCUAGAGGAUGGAGAUGGCAUGCAGGCGUCAGUGAACUCCACAGAAUGCGGAGGUUCGACAACCAAGUGCCGCGUCGUCAGACGAACGGCGUAUGAGCAACGGAGGAGCAAAUUCCAUAAGACGCGCACAACCUCCUGCUCGAGUUCCGACGCUAGCGACGAUGACAGCGAAAGUAGGAAAAAGAGAGCACAUAAACUUGGAGCUUCCACCGGAAAACCUUUACCUCCAAGACGCGACAGUCACGAUGACUCAAGUGACUCGCAGGAUCCAGGAGGAAGUGGCGGCGGACGAGGCGGAGUGGUUGGCGGUGGAGGAAGCGGUGUGAGCAAUGGCCAACAUACGACGACGAACGAAAGCAAUCGAAAUGACAAUAGUAGCGGCACUAAUACGACAAACACAAAUACAACGACGACAACUGGAGGGGGAAGGCAUCGAUGCACCGAGAAUCAAAUCAUCUUCGGUAGGAGACAUCGCGCCGGUAGAAGAAGAGCUGGCGAGACGCGUUUGCGAGAGAGUCAAUCAUUGAAUCGUAUUACCGAGGUGCAAGAGGCCGAAGCACCCUCAUCCUGUCACAAUCACUGUCACAUGUCGCGUAAUUCGACAGCAGUCGGCACGCCAAAUGUAUCAUCGUCGAUGUCACAGAGCAAUACGGCUUCCCAACAGAGCGCUGCUCAGCCUGUUUCUCAAAUGGCAGCCACCACGGUACAGAAAGCUAAAGGCCUCGGCGCGAGACUAUUGCAGAGCUGGUCGCUCGCCGCAGGAAAGUCCUUGAUGUCACAAAGCUCAAACAAACAAUCUGCUCAUAGUCCCGGUGGCAAAAGUAAUAAUCAUCGUCAAUCAGACAAUUGCUGUCAAACAAUCAGUAACGCCAGCGACGAACGUCGCGGAGAUCAUAAGUGCACCAAUCAAACAACGUGCAAUGACAAGGAGAAUCGCGGCAACGGCUCGAUAAACCGAAACGAAUGUAAGAGCAGGAAGAUUCGAUUGCUAAGUCGUUAUUUCGCCGUGCAUAAGAAGCUCUGCGUACCGUUACCGGGUUUCGGUAAAGGACGUCUGUACAAAGCUCGCUCGUGCGGCAGCAUCACGCGCGAUCGCGUGAGCCCGCCAUCGCCCAAAUCGAUGCUGUUUUGUUCUACAGCAGCGGCUGAAGAUAAAUGGCGGGAACAUCGUCAAUGGUGCGAUGCCGCGAUGAAGCAGCAUCGUGGCAGCGAUGGCGACAUUAAUCAGAAUCUUGGCCUCGCGCAUCUCGUGCAGGAAAGCAUCGUCGGCAAGGGUUGCACCAAACUGCCUGCCGUGUGCCACAUUCAUCUCGGGGACGCUUCCAAGUGUUGCAGUCUUUGUUGAUGAAUCGCUUCCGCUCGGAAGAAGUAGAAAACUCGAGUGCAAGAUAAGAGACACAAGUGCGGGUAGGUAAGUGAGGUUCGUUCCAGUGCCAGUGACAUAGCUAAAUAGCGUGAAACUUUUUUUGCGCGACAAUCUUUUCUGUAAAUUGUAUAUAAUUUUAGCGAGUUAUUUUAUUGAUACAGAAAUAUUCUUAUUGCUUAAAAGAUCUGAUUUUUUUUUUAAGGGAAGAAACCUUUGAAACAGUAUAAAUGCCGCGUUUUGGCAUAUCUUAAGAAAAAUAGCGAUUAACUGUAUUUUUAAGCAAAAUUAGUGUGAAAUAUGUUUAUAUAGAAACAACAUGAUAAGCAAUUCAGAGUGCAAUGUAUGUACUCGCAAAUAAUAUUUCCAAAAAGAAAGGUAUGAUCUGUUCCUCUCGCUGAUGCCGAAAUUACAUUAAGUUAAGGAGGCGCAAUGCAAUUAAUAUCCGCGCAUAUGGUAACCGUUAAUCGCGUUAAUUAAGUGGUUUUGGUCUACCAUCGAUUUACUUGACUGAUUAUAUCAUAUCCCCGCUGGGGGAGGGAGUCUAUAGAGCACAGGGAUCAAGAUAAGAAUAAGAGAAAGAAACAGUGUAUUGAUUUAUCGGUCACUCCAAAAGAGCUGUAUCUAGUCCAUAUGAACAAACAAUGUAUUAAAUAUUGCAGAGUUUAUGAUUAUUAUAUUAUUAUAUUAUAUAUUAUUAUUAGUAUUAUAUUAUCAUCAUUCUACACUAUUCUAAUGCUCUAUUACUAUUAUAUCUGCUGCUAUUACUAUUACAAUCGCUAUUAUUAUUGUGAGAGAUUCAGUAUCAUCUCCAAGAUUAUCGCUAUUGUCAUUAUUAUCAUUAUUAUUAUCGCCACGUCUUCAUUAUCACCCUUUUCCCAUAUCUUCUAAAUAAUGUAAAAACAUAAUACGAUAUAGUAAUGCAUAAUGCGUCGCAAAAAUAAUUUGCAUCUUGAUUCAGAUGCAACUUGCGAUCGAUCGGGUACAAAGUCGCGCAGUGCGAAUAGUGUCUUCCUCGUAUUUCUUUUUUUUCCGAUCUCUUUGUUUUUUUUUUUUUUUAAAUACUAUCUCUUCAUCCUUCUCCUCCCCUAUAUGAUAUUGUCUUUAUACAAAACGCUUCCUAACUCGUUAACUUAUUAAAUACAGAUAUAGUUUCCGAAUGGCGAUUGAUUAUAUAUUCAUAUACGUAAAUUAACGCGAAUCGUAAUCAAAUACACAGAGAUAAAGAGAAAGAAAUGCGUGCUCUACGACAAAUAGCCUGUUUGCGUUUUGACGAAAGGAGGAAAUGAUUAAGGAGAGAAAGAAACUUGCUCUACAGUGUUUAUGUGUAUAAUAUGUCCGUUAAAAACAGCAAUGUAGAAGUGUACUUCUUGUGUGUGGAGCGAGCAAUGCGCGACGUAUAUUAAGCCCACCGAGCGCAUAAUAUUGCGCGCAGAUAUUAAAAGCUUAAGAGCAAGUGACGAUAAUAGCACAAUCGUCACUUAUCGAUCUAUUCUCUUCUAGAUCUAAAUAAUCGGCAGCGAACAAUAGAUGCACUAUUGGAAAAUUUGUGUUGUUAAAAAAUAUGUCGCUUAAAAUUUUUGUAUUAUAUAUUUAACACAUUCAUAUGUUAAUUUAACAUAUUGCUGUUGUGUGAAUUGAACUCAAAUGUUAAAUUAUUAAAAUAAUUGAAAAAAUGUAAAAAUAAUGUGCACACAUUUUUAAUUUUAUACAAUGGAUAUGUUUUGUAUUAUUAGUGGACAGGAUUUAUCUGUUAAAACUAUACAGAAAAAAAAUGUUGAUUUUAUUCUACAAUAGGAAUGAGAAUAACUACAGACUGUCAAUAAUAUUUCUCCAAAGUAUUUUUAUUAUUAAAAAUAUAUUUUUACACAAAAUUUAUUUCAAAUUAUUAUGAAGUUUGUAUUCAUUUUGUGUUGAAAUAUUAACAUAGUAUUAGUGUCACCGUUUAAUAUAUCCAUAUUACGUUAAAUUAACAUAAAAAUUUGUGUGGCCUGUGCGGGAUAUGCGAUAUGUUAAAAUUAAAUCAAAUUUUCCAAUAGUGUAUACAAGAUCUAUUUAAACGUGCUUGCCGGUUAAGCACGUCUCGCGACGUUCUUCGUUCUUGCGUCGCGUAUCAACGAUCGCUAAACGGAUUAUCGUCGAUAUUAGUCAUCGUCAUCGUCUCUCUAUCAUCGUCAUCAGCGCGAAUGCUGUCUGCAACUUAAAAAAACCAUGUUAAAAUCAUUAAUAUAAAUAUAAUAAGUGUUUGUUGUGCAAUGCAAGAGAAAUUUGUCGGAUGAUCUUGUCUUUCUUUUUUACAAAUUGCGAUGCGAACAUUUUUUCGCAAUUUAUUAUCAUCCGAUCAUUUAUCUAUCACUUGUCCCGCGAUUCAUCCUUUUCUCACGCUUUUGUAUCAAUUUUUAUGAGUCUCGACGAUUGAGUGCUGGACACUCGAUAAAUGCCGAAAUACUUUCUUUUUCACGAGAAUCUACAAUUUUCAAUUUCUUCAUUUUGUAUUAUAUGUACAUUAUAUUAUAUUUAACGUUAUUAAGAAAGAAGUGUAAGAUAUAUUUAUGUAAACUCGGAUUAUAUACGUCGUAUGAUAAUGUUAAUUGUAAGGUUUAACUAUGUCGUCGAAUUCCUUUUUUUUCAUCUAAGUUCGCGGGGCAAAAUGCAUCGAUUAUAACUCCUUUGAUAAAGACUGAAAAUAUUCCGCAACUUCAAUAAUAUCCCGAGUAUCAGCUCUAUCUAUAUAUAUCAAUGCGUCGCACGAUGACGAUGACCUAACGAGACCAAAAAAUAAUAAUUCGUAAGAUUCACAGACCUAAGUUUGCGCUAGCUACAAAGUGCAAUACAAAGUCGUACAAAGCCAAGUACCUUGCGUCGGUGUAGUCGUUGAUUUUAAGGAUUCGAUUCGAUUUUAUCUUUUUCAUCCUAUUGUAGCGCGUAUUGCAACUCGGGAUCUACUUUUGAAACUCGGAACCAGCAAUCGCGGUGUACAUGGGCAUUAAUGUUAUUUCGGUGUGAUGAGAGAAUUAAUAUAAUAUCUCGGGGAAUGAUGGAGAAUUUUAGGAUAUACAAGAAUCUUUCUUCGCUACGAAUAAUCUGACAAAAAUGUAAGCGACAAAAAAAAAAGAGAUUAUCUAGUGCGAAAAGCUCAAGCAAAAUUUCCUCGUCAGGAGAUCACGCGCGGCUUGUGUCGGCCCUAUAUAUUUAUGUAAUAAAGCGAAAGCAUCUCCCCUCACGCGAAACUCGAACAAUGUAUAUUCUGAAGCUACAAAUAUAGAGUAAAGUGUCUCUUCCAUCAACGUAAAGUGUACAUAUCUUUGGCAUUUUCCUACAUCUGGGAAAAUUCAUAUAUUCUAGGCGAGCUAUUGAUAAAUAAAAGAGAGAGAAAGAAUAAGAUAUUUUCGUGCUAUAAAACGGAAUGUGCUGUAACCGAUUCACACAACAGUGACAGACAUUUACGCAUUGGGGUGGUUUCCUAAGAUACGCGAUACACGCACAUAACGUAUAUACAUAUAUAAUAACAUAUAUGUCGCUAAAAUGCAAGUUGACGUAAUCACAUCGAACGCAUGUAAUUCCGUUGUAAAUCUUGGCUUCGUUGUUGUUGCGCUGUUCGUAAAUCGCCUCCCUCCUUUCCCACCGAUUAGAUUUUAGCGAAUAAAACCGCUAUUCUGAACGAGUCGCACCACGAGUGCGAGAUAGAAUUUUUUUAACGGUCUACUCUUUUCACUCGUCCUAAUGUCUAAAUCCGGCCUGAACAGACCAAAGUCCCGCGUCAUUCCCGUAGCGUCCGAUUCGUCAUCCCGAUUUACUGCCAGCUAAAUGUGUUAACGACGCAUCACUUUACUAAGCCGGCAUAAGAUGAGAUCUGUGUAAACCGCCAAGUAUGAUUGUUCAUGCACAAUGUGCUCGGAAAAAAAUAAAUUAAAGUGACAAAGUUAACACCUA